GUGAUUUGGAAAAUAAAUUCGCAUUGAUGAGCUUAUUUAUAAUUAAUUAAUUAUUAAUUUGUUAACUAUGGAAGGUAAUUCUUGUAUCAAUAUUGAAGAAGACGUACAUAUCACAUGUGAUGAAGUGAAAUUAGAAAAAAAAUUAGGAAUCAUGGACAUUUUUGAAGAAUUCAUUGACGAAAAAGGAGUUCAUGAUAGAGAGAAAUAUAUAAUUAAGAAUGAAGAGAGCAACCCGAAUUUCUUGAUUGAAAAAGUGGAUGCGAGUAAAUCAACAGCAUCUUGUGUUAGAGAAACAGCUCAGACAUUAGAUCCACUAUGCAAUAAACUUGAACGUCCAUAUCACUGGGAACAGAGUGAAUUUCCUAAAUAUCAAAAUGAUUAUCCUCCAGGUGAGGAAAAAUAUCGUGAUGAACACAUAGAGUAUGAUCAUACUGCAAGUCCUAAAGAUGACAAGCAAUGGAGUGUUGAAUCUCUGCCUUUGAAUGUCAAGAAUUAUAAGUGUCCUAUGUGUGAUUUUGAGACCAAUUAUGAAGAAAAACUUUCAUUUCACAUAAAGUCUGUACAUUUGAGUAUUAAGUGCGACUUGUGUGAGUUUGUUACAACUGAAAAACAUAACCUUCAAAGGCACGUCUUGCGUGUUCAUUUGGAUCUAAAGAAACACAAGUGUCAUUUCUGUGAGUAUGUCACAGACAGAAAAGGCUCGCUUCAAAAACAUGUAGAUUCUGUUCAUUUAAAUAUCAAGAACCACAAAUGUAAUUUUGUGAAUAUGCUGCAAGUGUUAAGCAAAAACUCGAUAUGCACGUGAAAUCUGUACAUUUGAAAAUUAAGGAAUACAGGUGUCACUUAUGUGAGUUCGCUGCAAGUGUAAAACAAAGACUUGAUGGACACGUGAAAUCCGUUCAUUUGAAAAUCAAGGAUCUCGAGUGUCAUCUAUGCGACUAUGUUACAAGUAGAAAAGCGUACCUUAAGAAGCACAUCGAUUGCGUUCAUUUGAAUAUCAAGAAACAUCAAUGUCACUUAUGUGAAUAUGCUGCAAAUGAGAAAAAUAUCAUCGUGCAACAUAUGAAAUCUGUUCAUUUGAAAAUUAGGGAACAUAGAUGUCAUCUAUGUGAGUUUGCUGCUAGUGAAAAACAUAAACUGAACGGACACAUAAAAUCUGUUCAUCUGAAAAUUAAGGAACAUGAAUGUCACUUAUGUGAGUUUGUUACAAGUAGAAAAGAGUACCUUCAAACACAUGUCGAGCGAAUUCAUUUGAAUGUUAAGAAAUACAAAUGUCAUGUAAAUUCCGUUCAAUUGAAAAUUAAAGAACACCGGUGUCACUUAUGUGAAUAUGCUGCGGUCAAGAAACAAAACCUCAAAGUACACAUGAAAUCUGUUCAUUCAAAUACCUAAUUGCAAUUAUCACUUACAAACUAUGAUAAAAAUGUACAUAUAUAUGUUUAUUAUUGUAGAAGUGACUGUAACUAAGUCAAAACUAUACUAUUUUCUUAUUA